UCAGCGCUUCGCGUCGAGUGUGCUUGAAUCAAGCGCGCGUAAACUCUGUACACGCGGACUUCAUUUGUCAACAAAGAUGCGGAGGCCACUGUAGCUACUCGACACAUCCAUGUUACGCAGAAAUGUCAGCGGAAUUCAAGGAGGAGUUCAUCCCGCGACAGGAAGACAGCAACCAGAUUAAUUCCGGUUUGAUUCCGUCUACUUCCUCCUCGAAUUGCUAUAGUGAGAGUUUGCAGAGUUGUAGUGUGAGUUUUGACAGGUUAUCGUGGCACGAGCACGUUUAUAGGAGGCUCACGAAUAAGCCUACCCCGCAUUACAUUGAAAACAUACUCGGGUUGCAGGGUAAGAGUGCUGGACAGUUGCAGCAGGACAGUACGAUGACUGGACAUGUUACCCCCCCGGAUUCCCCACAAAAUAGUUUUUCUAAUGUGCAGCAGGCUACUGUGACUUCGGACGUUAACGAACCUUUAAAUUUGUCUGUUAAAAACGAGUUGAAAGUGCGAACAAAGACUGUUAAAGAACCUACGAGGAAAAGGAAAAAGACCCGGGAGCCGCUAGAUCUGAAAGUACCACCCCCUUCCAUCCAGGUAUUGGGCCAGAACGCCGCGGUAGACCCAGAAACCAUCUCCGAAGACGCGGACAACAAAAACAAGAAGAAAAAAGCGAGGACCACCUUCACAGGACGGCAGAUAUUCGAGUUGGAAAAGCAAUUCGAACUGAAGAAGUACCUAAGUAGUAGUGAGAGGUCCGAGAUGGCCAAACUCCUUAACGUCACUGAGACACAGGUUAAGAUAUGGUUCCAGAACAGGAGGACCAAGUGGAAAAAGAUCGACAACAUAUCGAACGUGGAAGCGGCUGAACACAAGAACACUAGUUCGAAGUCUUCAGACGAAGGAAGGACUAGGAUCUUCAAGCAGAGCCACAGCCACAGUCAGAGUUCAAACUCCAGCAUAGAAAGUGAUACCAAAAGCUCCGUUACCUCUGCCGUAGCAGACCCCGUACAAGCCAAAACGUUUAAGGAUAUUUUACAGACGAAUCAUCCCGCAAUUCCACUGUCGCCAAAGUCCCAUUUCCAUAAUCAGAUCGAUUCAGCCAAAGACGUUUUAUUAAAUUUAUCGUUUGAUGUUCAAGAAAAAUCUUAAGAAUACCUCCUUUAUUUUUUCUUCUGAGAUUUUUAGGAAAAUGGAUGACCCGAAAGCAAAAUUUGAAUCCUAUGUUUUUGUUAAUGUUAUUAUUAUGUGUGUGUGUCAAAUUUUGAUUUUAAGGUCAUUUAAACUGGAAGAUUAGUAAAAUUUUAUGUAUUCGCAAACAAAAUGUUACCAAUUGCCCCUUUCUUACCUCAGUACAAUCCCAUAUCUGUUUUUACACAUCAAAUAACAAAACCCAGAGCCCUUUGUUAUCAGCGUUACUGUAAAUAUAAAUUUAGUGUUAGAUCUUAGCGUUAUGCAGGGUAUAAACAUAAACAAUGUUUUUCAUACCUUCCCUAAAACAUUCGAUAAUUCGAUAGAAUUAUUGUUUCCAAAUAUCAGUGAUGUACAGGGUGUUCAAUCCAAAUUUUCAUUAGAUUUUGGUACCAUACUUGUUUUUUAACUAAAAACAUCAAUUCUUAGUGUUUUAUUUAUGCACACAAAUAUGAAAGUUGGAUUUUUUUUAAUUCCGUGUAUUGAUUAAGCGAUGUAUUAUACAGGGUAGGCUGUAUGAACUGUUGUAGUGUAUAGAAGAUGUUAAUGUUUUACUUAUUAAAAAUAAAAUGACAUAUGCGAACAAAUUGUAUUUUCCUAGAAAUGGCAGAUUUUGUUUAGCGAGAAAAUGUCUACACAAAAGUACAAUUUCAUUAGUUGCACAGAGUUAACAAAUUAGAAAGAUAUUUUUAAUAAAAAUUCAGUAGGCAUACUUUACCCCUAAUUUAUCAUAUUUUAUAUGUAAAUGCGAUGUUUGUA